AAAGAAAAUGAUAAAGACGACGGUACCAAUAUCGUUAUGGAAAUCAAAAAUUAAACUGUUCAAUUGUCGUACACAGGCAAUUCGUUUAUUGAACUCGUCGUCCAAAACUGCUGAGGAUCUAAAUGCCGAACAUAAUUUACAUGAAUUUGCAAAAAUAGCGGUAAAAAAUAUCAGAAAUUUUAGUAUCAUCGCUCAUGUUGAUCAUGGCAAAAGUACUUUGGCUGAUCGUAUAUUGGAACUGACAGGAGCUAUAUCACGCAAUUCGGGCAGUCAAGUAUUAGAUAAUUUACAAGUAGAAAGAGAGCGGGGCAUAACAGUAAAAGCGCAAACAGUCUCUAUAUUUCAUAAGUACAGAGAUGACGUAUAUUUACUAAAUUUAAUUGAUACACCGGGUCAUGUGGAUUUCUCGAACGAGGUUUCACGUUCUUUAGCAGCUUGCGAUGGUGUCAUUUUAUUGGUUGAUGCUUGUCAUGGCGUGCAAGCUCAAACGGUAGCUAAUUACCAUUUAGCGAAAGCGAGAAAUCUAACCGUUGUGCCAGUGUUGAAUAAAAUCGACAUUAAACAUGCCAAUCCAGCUAAAGUUUGCAAAGAUUUAAAAAGUUUAUUUAACAUUGAUCCAUUAGAUGUUUUAAAGGUCUCCGCUAAAUUAGGUAUUGGCGUAUCAGAAGUUCUGGAUAGAGUCGUAGAAUCAAUACCACCACCACAAGUAGACAGGAAUUCUCCAUUUAGAGCUUUAUUGUUUGACAGUUGGUUUGAUCGCUAUCGCGGUGCCUUAAAUUUGAUGUAUUUGCUCAAUGGAAAAUUGCAAGUUGGUGAAGAAAUACAGUCAUUAACUACAAACAAAGUUUACCCUGUGAAAAGUAUAUCAAUUCUAAGCCCAAAUGAAAAGGAAGUGAAUUGCGUAUCGGCGGGCCAAGUGGCUUUAGUUGCAUGCAAUAUGCGUAAUAGUAAAGAAUCUAUAAUUGGGGACACCAUACAUUUAAAGAAUCAAAAAUGUUCAGUUAUUAGCACCUUCAAGCCACAACAGCCAAUGGUAUUUGCGGGCAUUUUCCCAGCAGAUCAAUCAAAACAUGUUGCACUGCGUAGCGCUAUCGAUAAGUUAGUACUGAAUGAUUCCGCUGUAACUGUAAAACCGGAUUCUAGUCCAGCUUUGGGUCAAGGCUGGCGUUUAGGAUUCUUAGGUCUUUUACAUAUGGAGGUUUUUUGUCAGCGACUACAACAAGAGCAUGGGGCAGAACCGAUUAUCACAGCACCAUCGGUCACAUAUCGAUUGCUACUAAAAAAUCCGAAGAUGAUUAAGCAACUGGGUAAAGAUAUUAUGGAAAUUUCAAAUGCUGCAUUAUUUCCUGAGCCGUUUAAUAUAAAGGAGUAUUACGAACCCUUGGUGAAGGGGACAAUAAUGACUCCUGAUCAAUAUUUGGGGCAGAUAAUAAGUUUAUGUGUGGAGCGUAGAGGUAUCCAGGAGAGUUCCACAAAUAUAGAUGACGAUCGCAUGCUUAUCAAAUAUAUACUGCCCUUGAGUGAGAUAAUCGUAGAUUUCAAUGAUCAUUUAAAAUCAUUAAGUUCCGGAUACGCUAGUUUUAACUAUGAAGACUAUGGAUAUCAUUUAACCAAUCUAGUACGUUUGGAUGUUCAUCUGAAUGGAAAAUUAGUGGAUGAAUUGUCUCGCAUUGUACAUGCAACGAAAGCUAAAGAUGUGGGAAAAGAUAUAGUUGCUAAACUUAAGGAUAUGAUACCAAGACAAAUGGUACAAAUAGCGAUACAAGCUUGUGUAGGUAGUAAAGUAUUGGCGAGAGAGACGAUUAAAGCCUACCGCAAAGAUGUUACGGCAAAAUUGUAUGGCGGGGAUGUGACGCGACGCAUGAAAUUGCUAAGACAACAAACGGAAGGUAAAAAAAAAAUGCGUCAAAUUGCCAAUAUACAAGUGCCGCAUGAAACUUUCAUCAAUGUUUUGAAGCGAUAACUAUGGCUGAUUUGUGAAAUUAGCUUCGAAAUAAAUUUAAUUAUAUGCAUAUAAAGUAAGUUUUAGAUUUAAAAUUGUAUACGAAAAGAUGCACGUAAACAAAUUUUAAAGUGCCCUAGGCUAUUACCCAAAUAUUUGGCGUAAAUAUUUUUUCAGUCUAUUUCUGUAAUUUACGCGCAUACAUCAACUUUCAACAUAGCAAAAUCUAUUCAAUCGGUUUAUUGAUACACGCAUAAUUAGCAAAAACCCCAAAUUUAAUUCUCAUCAUAUAUAUAUAAAUAUGUCGUGCGAGUGUAGGCGUUUUACUUGUUCAACAGAUAUAUUUUAUCGCAUUCAGAAACUAAAGUAAGGAGCUGAAAUCGAACGAAGGAUUUUUAUUUUUGGCUCCUACACACACACACACACACUACUGAUCUACACUUCCAAAUACCAAAUUUUAUGCACGCGAAACUGUUUCAUCCCCAAAAAGUCCAAUGAUUAAAUAGCUCAGUAUCUAUUUGUAGCUGUUGUUCGGUACAAUUGAAUUUUGGAGAAAAAAAUUACUGUCCAAUUACGCCAUUGACCUGAACAACGAACCGAACAAACAAACUUUGUGAUCGUAGGCAAGGCUUCCUGCUUUUCGGUUGACCCAAAUACACUAACUUCAUUUAUUGUUAAUUAUUUUUGGGAUGUCGAGUUUAGGGGGGAGCAGGUCAUUAAGAUAUGAUAUAUUCGCCAGUUUGCGGAUAGUUUAUAUAACUUCACAGAUAAUGUCCGAACAAAGGUUAACAUUCGUAUUUAUGUAUGGAAGACGUUAUGUGUCUAAUUCAAAGCCAACAUAUGGCAAGCUUUGGUUUCGCUAAAAAGAAUCGGAAUGAAAACGAAAAAAAAAAAUGUAAGGAAACAGUUUAUCAACAUAAAUUCAAAGAUUCACAGUUAUAAUGGUGUAAACUAUUAUAAAAAACAAAAUAAUGGCCUUGAACUGAAAUUACAGUAACUUGGAACUCAGGCAGGGUAACCUACGCUAGUUUAUAAAAACUUUGUUCAUGUUUUUACAAGUCAGCCUUGAUGCAGAUAAGCAGAUAUGAACUAAAAAUAAUGCAAAUUUUCUUAUUUUGGUGGCUAUCUAUAAACUUUUUACCAAGAUGACUAACGUUAGUCUCUAUAAAACCUCACCUGAUAUAUAAGCGUUUAAUAAAUUUUUAUACACAUUCGCAAAAGGUCAGUCUUGCCUGCGUUAAAUCUUAACUUUGUCUUCAAAUAUUGAUCAAUUCCUGUUCGCCAAAAUUUGAUUAUUCUCUGAUCCCUUUCUGCCUUGUGGCCAAAAUUUUGCCGACAUUAUACGUUUAAAUAGGGCUGCCGGAGCAAUCAUUUUGGCGGAAGACCAGAUCACGCUGAAGAAAUAUUUUAUUUUAUUUCACGUUGCCUAGAUUACAUAUAUAAAGAGCUUGUACAUUAUAGGAAUUUUCUUAUACUUCUUAUUGUACACCUCGUCACAAUUCUUUGCUUAGUUCAAAUUUUUAAUUAAUGAUAGGAGUGUUUUCACAAUUCUCGAUAAAUGACAAUUAAUAUUACAUUAAAAAAAUGUAUUUCAUAUCUAGAGCCUAUUCGCGUCCUUUCAGAUUGCAGUGCUUCGCAUGUCCUUCUCUGAACUUGUGCACGUUAUCGCCCACAAUAAUGAAAGUGUCGUUCAACUUCAAAAUUUUCUCUUCUAGCGUUUCUUCUUUGCUUUUAGUGCUUGGAAAUUCCUGAUCAUCACACAAUUCCACAAUAGUCUUGAAGUUCGAUUCAUCCGCUUUGUGGCGAUAUUGCUGCGGUGAACAGGGUGCCGUAAACCAUCGUGCCCAGUUCACCAAAAUUGUUGGCUCCCAAGCUAUGUUGUCACUGUGCAUCAUAAUUUUUCUGGGAGGUUAGUCGUGUGGUUCUAUUCACAAGAGUGUGGUUUUCGGCUUUAUUCACACGAUACUUGCGGUGUACUUGUGUUUUACAGCUUCAGUUCCGGUCUCAAAAGAGUACUCAAAGAAAUUUAUUAUUUAUCUAUCCCUUUGAGACUCGAAACCGAAUUCAUUUGAUUUGUUAGAAUUUCGCUUUUUAUAUACUAUUAGAUUUUGAUAUUCUGAAUCAAACUGUUUACACCACCCGCAAGGCAAUUUUUAUAUGCCGUACUAAGUGGGAAAUUGUUAAUAGAAACAUCUCAUCAUCCGUUGAAAUUUAAUACUUUACCGAAUUAAUUGCCCACAACGUAUUUGUUUGAUUAAGAAGGGAGUUCAUAAGUUUAUGAUUUAUAUAUAAAUUAUUAGUUAAUUCAUCAGUAUCGUAACGAAUUCGAUUAUUUUACUCAGGCGUUGGGUUUUAAUUGGCAAUAUGGAAAGAUUUGCUAACAAAAAAAAAAAAAAAA